UCACUGCAGACCGAAAGCAACGAUUUGGAGAAAUGGCUGAAAUGGGAUAAACGCCGGCGUCUUCUCGAGUAUAUCAUCGCCAAUAAGGAGUCGGAAGUGAGUAAAAACGAGAUCUUAAAACUCGAGCGAAGACAAGAGGCGGAGAAUCAGGUGUUGGAAGAGAAGAGGAAACGUUUGGAGGACUUCCAGCAGAAGUGCAAAGUGUGCGACAAGAAGUUGAAGUUGAUAUGCGGUAUACUCGACGAACACCGCAAAGACUUGAAGCAAAUCACUAAACAGAUGAACGAAUUGGACGAACAGAAGGCCAGAAUUGAGUCGAAAAUCAAUGAUUUCAAAGAGAGUCUCGAUUACAACAAAGAGAGCGAAUUGAAGGCCAAACAAGAGCUGUUGGAAGUGAGGAAUGAGAUCGACAAGAAGAAGAAGCGAUUGGUUUUUGUGACCACAAAGUACGACAAUUUGCGGAAAAAGGAAAACGAUUUGGUCUGCGAACUGAAGGCCAAACAGAGCCGCAAAGUGGAGAUCUAUUCCAAACAGAAGCGAAAGGAGAACUUCCGCACCGUUGAGGACAGGGAUAAGUGGAUUCAAUCGGAAUUGACUGCUCUUAAGGGACAAAUCGAGACAAACACUCGACGAGUGAAGGUUUUGAAGGACGAAGAGUACGAGACGACCGCCGAAAUUGAUGAGUUGACGGAACAGCAAAAGUCAUUUGUAACCAAAGCGAAAAAUCUGUUUAAAAGCCUUCAAAGCGAGAGACAAGAGUUGUGCGAAAGCAGUAAAUUAGGCAAACAAUUGGAAUCAAAGCGACGUGAAUUCUGGCAAUUGGACAACGAAUUGAAGGCAAAAGAGUUUAAACACAACGAAGACAAGCAGAAGAUUGAGUCAAAGCUGAAGAAAAUGUCGGGCUCUUCGGCGACAGUUAGCAGAGACAGUGUCGCCAAAGUGUUGCAGUCAUUCGAGGAGAGGGCCGACAGAUCGGACGCCGCAGAAGCACAGCUCCGGCCUAUUAUCGACGGCUAUUUGGGUCAAUUGAUCGACUGUUUCUCAUUCGACCCGAACCUCUCCAAAGUGGUCGAAGUGACCGCAAAAAGCAAACUUUUCAGUCAUAUCAUCACAAACGACAAAAUCGGCACAAAAAUCAUCGCCGAAGUGAAUGAGCGACACCUUCCGGGAGAGUUCAAUUUCAUUGCCAUUAAUAAACUCCAAUUGAAACCAAUCAAAUACCCGCAGUUUCAGAACGACGCCCGACCGCUCACUAGUCUAUUGAAAUUCGACCAGAAGUACGAGAAAGUGAUGAAAUUCCUGUUCGACCGAACUCUGGUGUGCCGUACGCUCGAGUUGGCCACCACUUUCUCGCGCAGCGCUAAACUCGAUUGCGUGACAAUUGACGGCGAUUUCAUCUCAUGUAAGGGAUACAUGACUGGCGGCUACUAUGGAGUGGACACUCGGGUCGAGAAUUUUCUCAAAUGGAAGUCUAUUUUGUCCCGAAUCGAUGCCAUUCGGCAAGAGAUGGCCCAAUGUUUGGGCCGACGGGAGGACAACGAGAAGCAAUUGAUUCUCAACUCGAAUUUGAUGACCGAAUUGGACAUAAAGCACAACAACACGAAGCGUGAGUUCGAUCAUCUGAAGAACUCAAAGGACAAAAUGCAUCAACAGUUGGUGGCGUUGAAGACCAAACAGGAGUCCAUUGCCCGCAGUAUAGCGUCACUGGAGUCCACUCUGCCGUCGAUGAGAGCCAAUAAGGAGUCGUUUGAGAGCGAACUCGAGUUCAAGACAUUGGACUCGCAGUUGACCAGCGAUGAAGAGCGGGAGUUAUCGGCCAUUUUGAAGGAAAUUGAGAGCCUGUCGGCGAAGCACUCGGACCUCUGCGAGCGGCGGAAUAUAUACGCCGACGAGAAGUCGUCACUGGAGUCCGAAUUGGAUAAGAAUUUGGUUCAGAGGAAGAAUGAAUUGGAGAUGACUUUAAUCGAC